GUUUUUUGAAGUGUAGCAACGUGUAACGUGACGUGAAGGCCUCUCACGUUGACGUCCAGUGUGACGUUGUGAUGUUUGGUGACUUAUAAAAGCUUCACGGGAAAGAAGCACAGAGGUACACCGAGUGGCCAAGUGCCAGUUUCCAUGGCAACAUGGAUACAGGAAACAUGGACUUUCUGAAGUGGACUUGUGAGGAGGUUGGAAAAUGGAUUGAGUCUAUAGGAUUUCCACAGUAUAAACCAUGCUUCACUGAGAACUGCGUCACCGGCAGGAAGCUGAUUUUUGUGGAUUGUGUCCGCAUGCCAAGACUUGGAAUCACAGAUUUUAAAGACAUGCAGGCCAUCUCCGCUCGUGUACGCCAGCUGCUGGGCAUCACAGAGGCCGUGUGGAGUCGCAGCAUCGCCGACCCGCCGCGAGAUAACAUGGGCCUCUUCCUGGAGAUGAAGAGCCGCACGGGCGUCAAGUCGGACCAGUUCACCUAUCAACAGCUCCUGGAUGACAUCUGCCACUGACGAGACAAAAGCCGCCGAGAGUGCGAGAGUGACAAAGCGGUGGAAAGCGGGAUGUGUCAAUGCAAUUUUCAUGCCGCCAACUGUCUCGGUGACUCACUGGCAUUGCGGGCCCUGACAUUCACACUUCCCACCUGCUGAGCGCUAGCAUGCCGGUACAAAAUACAUCUAUUAGAAAAUGCUGUCUCAUCAAAUACACGGAAUAUUCAUCUCAAUAAACACCCA